AUGGGUCCCAAAAAACUGUCAGGUGCUCAGAAUCAGAAACGAAGGGCCCUUAUGGAUUUGGAGGACCAGAAGAGUGCUGGAGUAAUCAAAAAAUAUUUUGGAACACCAACACCUAGUGGUUUACAAACCUCAGAAGAAAAAGAUGAAGAAAGCUGCAGUAGCCAAAGUGAUGUGCAUCUUAAGCUCAGUGAGCCUUCAACAUCUAAAACAUCUUUGGAAGAGGAUUCUAAUACACCUUCUGGCUCGGUGGCUGUUGAUGAAACAAUAAGCACAUGUGAAAACUCAAGCUUCACAGAUCCCGCUUUGUGGCCAAAAUUGAUUUCUAAGAAUAUUGAUAGUAUUUUAGAUGUUGGUCCUGUACAGGUACAAGAUGUUGAUUUUAAAAAAGAUGCUUAUAAUCGGCACUUUUCUUCAGCUUUCUACAAAAGAAAAUUAGACAGUGGUGAAGAACAAACACGGCGAUGGUUGGUAUACUCCUCAUCUGCCAAUAAAGUAUUCUGUUUCUCUUGUAAAUUAUUUGAUAAGAAUCCUAAAACAUCGCUUGCCCUUGGAGGAUCAGAUGACUGGACACAUAUGUCAAAUAUUUUGAAAUCGCAUGAAACCUCCAGUGGUCAUUUUACAGCCCAGCAGAUGUGGACUGAAACACAACUGAGACGGAAAUCAAAACACGCGAUUGACCAAAACUAUCAAAAUCUCAUGAGAGGUGAAAGGCAACACUGGAGAUCUGUGAUGGAGAGGAUGUUAAAUAUUGUCCAGUUUUUAGCAGAGCGUAAUCUGGCCUUCAGAGGCUCUUCAGAUCGACUUUUUACAACCAAUAAUGGAAAUUUUUUUAGGUCUCGUGGAACUAUUAGGAAAAUAUGA